AUGGAAGUUGGACAAAAAUCAGGUGGAAAGACAAGGUUGGCGAUGAUGAUACAGUUUACAGGAUCACCAGGGAUCCGCAGAAGGUUUGUCGGCUCAUUUUUUGAUAGAUUUUUUAUUUUUAGUUGACACUGAAACAUCGAAUCCGAGUUGUCGAUUAUGAUGGUGAAGAGAUUGGUCUUUUACCGACAAAAUCUGGGACAAUGGUUCGAAAUAUUGUGAAUGAUAUCUGUAAACAAUUGGAGGUUGAGUUGAAAAGUGUUUGUUUAGUUGAAAGGUACAGAGAUGGAAAGGCAACGGUACUCAGAAUGGAUGCGACCGUGAAUUGGAAUGAUUAUUUGGCCAUAACUAUUGAUAUUCUUGAUCGGGCAAGUUGAAAUGAGCAUUUUUAGAUUGAGUGUGAUGCAAUUCAACUAACAAGAGCGUUUGAAUUUCAGGAAACGAUUGUCAUUGAAAACGGCGAACCAAUUUUGCCGAAAUGCCUAACAGUACUGACUUUAAAACAACUUCUGCUCGAUUAUAAGCAUGUAGGUGAUCCAGACAUAUUUUUUUACUGUAGUCUUUUAUGUCAGGCCACACUCGGAACUGGUGCAUCAUCAACAAGAGGUUUGGACAACGGCGAAUUGCUGGCCAAGCUCGAAUCUGGAGAAGCCCCUACCUUGGCAGAAAAACGGCUGAUUGCCAAAUGCUGUGCGCCACCACUGCAGCAACACUGUCUGAAACGAGGAUUGCCCUGGAAAAGAGAGUGUAGGCUUUAUCUGGCCAAUCUUUUUGAACCGUACCCCCAGCUAUAUAUUGUAAGUUUCUUUCGGAAUCCGGCUCCAGCCAAUUAUGGUUAUCAGAAUAGACUAGCGGGCCGACCCCUUUUGGCCCGGCCUGAGAGCCAUGGAUAAAAUUGGGAAAGUCAAAAUGCGUUUUCGAUGUUAGCCUACACGAUUGUGGACUUUUUUUUUAUUUAUCUUGACUUUUUUUCAGCCAGAUUUUGUCUCACAGUAUGACGACCAUAACUAUAGAGGCUUUCUUGACAUAACAAUCGGCGGUGCAGAGGCGCACAGAAAAAAAAGAAGGCGAACUCGCUUGCUGAAGAUUAUGAAGUCAAAAAAAAUCAGGUAGGUCUUACUUUUGCAAUAAAUUGGUUAUUUUCAGCCUGACUUUGUCUUCAAUCAAGAUGUGAACGUCGAAAUCACAAUUUUUGUGAAGCAUUUUCGAGGAAUUGUUAUUGGAAACAUCGCAAAAAUGCCAUCUCCAAAAUGUGUGCCAAGUAAAAAAUUCUUCAAUUAUCAUUACUGAAUUUGUGUUUUCACCUUGUUAUUGUUGACUUCUUACUGUUUUGUUGUUAUUUUAUGUUUGAUGCCUAAUAAAUACCUCAUGCUUACUGUAAAUUUUUUGUUUCUGGCUUAUUUUAUGCCAUCGUUUGACUUUUGUCCAUAAAAUUUGACAAUGUAGUAGAAUUUCGAGUGCAUCUGAUAUUGUACUAGAUAGUUGAUCCGAAAUCCGUUUAUUUGAUUGAGAAAGUCGAGAAUGGAAAAAUUAUAUCGGUAAAAGCUAAUUCGAAGAUGGAUUGGGACCGAAAAGUGAUCAUAACUCUGGACAUUGUUGAUUGAGUCACGAAUUUCUAAUAGGAUUUACUCAAACUCUGUUUUCCCGCAAAAACAACGAAAUUUAUUUUUGGUGCAGACUUGACACAUAACGGAGAUGGGUCAAGUGUUCCCAAAAAUAAAAAUUUGCGCGAAAAUCUUUUGCAAAAUCUUGUCGAAACGCUAAAAUUUCUCCCUAAACGUGUAAGUAUAUUAGACAAUUAGUUAGCUCAAUUUUUUUCCAGGCUCUUUAUUUAUUCGAUAUUAGACUAGACCUUUUUUAUUAUUUUUUUUUGAUUUUAGAUGCCUAAACUCCAGAUUUACACACUUCGAGGGACGAUUUUGGAUACCAUUCCUUGCUCUUCAGGUGAAACUGUAAAAGAAUUGGUUAAAAAUGCGAUGGAAUCCAAGAAGCUUCGAUUUGAAGAGGCCAGGUGUCUAAAACAACAAGAAAAAGAUGGAACUUGGACAAAAAUCAGGUGGAGAAGCAAGGUUGGGGACGAAGAUACUGUUUACAGGAUUACCAGGGAUCCGCAGAAGGUUGGUGGACUCAUUUUUUGAUAGUUUUUGUGUUUUUAGUUGACACUGAAACAUCGAAUCCGAGUUGUCGAUUAUGAUGGUGAAGAGAUUGGUCUCUUACCGACGAAAUCCGGGACAGUGGUUCGAAAUAUCGUGAAUGAAAUUUGUAAGAAGUUGGAGGUCGAGUUAAAACAGGUGUGUGUGGUUGAAGUUGUCAGAAAUGGGAAGGCAGUGGCCAUCAAAAUGGAUGCGAAGGUGAAUUGGAAUGAUUAUUUGGCCAUAACUAUUGAUACUCUUGAUCGGGUAAGUUGAAAUGAGCAUUUUUACAUCAAGUGUGACAGGAUUGAACUAAUAAACGUGUUUUAAUUUUAGGAAACGAUUGUCAUUGAGAACGGCGAGCCAAUUUUGCCAAAGUGCCUCACAGUGCUGACUCUAAAACAACUUUUGCUCGAUUAUAAACCUGUAGGUGAAUUACAUGAAUUACGUGAAUGUUUAUUUCUUUAGAAAGGCUUUGGGAGAAAUUCAAUGUUAUUUCAUAUUCAUAAUUUUUGAUCAUAAAAUCUUUUGCGCCUCAUAAUUAUACAUGAUGACAAAAAAAAUGUUUGGAAACUUGCGGGUAUUUUUUCUUGGUAUCUAAAGCCAUACAUUCGCAGAAAUAAGCUCCGACAUACGGUUUUUACUGUAGUUUUCUUUUUCAGGCCACACGCGGAGUUGCUAGAUCAACAACAAGAGGUUUGGACAACGGCGAAUUGUUGGCCAAACUCGAAUCUGGAGAAGCUCCGAAUGAGCCAGAAAAACGGCUGAUUGCCAAAUGCUGUGCGCCACCACUGCAGCAACACUGUCUGAAACGUGGAGCACCCUGGAAAAGAGAGAGUAGGCUUUAUUUGGCCAAUCUUUUUGAACCGUACCCCCAACUACAUAUUGUAAGUUUUUUUUUCGGAAUCCGGCUCCAACCAAUUAUUGUUGUGCCAGAAUAGACUAGCGGGCCGACCCCUUUCGGCCCGGCCUGAGAACCAUGGAUAAAAUUAGGAAAGUUAAAAUACGUUUUCGAUGUUAGCCUACACCAUUUUGGAGUUUUUUUACUUAUCUUGACCUUUUUCAGCCAGAUUUUGUCUCACAGUAUGACGACCAUAACUAUAGAGGCUUUCUUGACAGAACAAUCGGCGGUGACGAGGCGCACAGAAAACAAAGAAGGCGAAAUCGCAUGCUGAAGAUUAUGAAGUCAAAAAAAUUAGGUAGACCUUACGUUUUGCAAUAAAUAACUUAUUUUAAGCCUGACUUUGUCUCCAAUCAAGCCAUGAACGUUGAAAUCAGCAUUGUUGAGACGCAUUUCCGAGGAAUUCAUUACGGGAAAAUGAGGCAUCGCAAAGAUGACAUCUCCAAAAUGUGUGCCAAGUAAAAAUUUCUUCAAUUAUCAUUACUAAAUUUGUCUUUUCACCUUGUUAUUGUUGACUUUUUAUUGUUUUGUUGUUAUUUUAUUUUUGAUGCCUAAUAAAUACCUCAUUUUAACUGUAAAUAUUUUGUUUCUGGCUUAAGUUAUGCCAUCGUUUUGUCCAUAAAAUUUGACAAUGUAGUAGAAUUUCGAGUGCAUCUGAUAUUGUACUAGAUAGUUGAUCCGAAAUCCGUUUAUUUGAUUGAGAAAGUCGAGAAUGGAAAAAUUAUAUCGGUAAAAGCUGAUUCGAAGGUGGACUGGGACCAAAAAGUGAUCAUAACUCUGGAAAUUGUUGAUUGAGUCACGAAAUUCUAGUAGGACUACUCAAAAUCUGUUUUCCCGCAAAACAACGAAAUUUAUUUUUUGGUGCAGACUUGACACAUAACGGAUAUGGGUCAAGUGUUCCCAAAAAUAAAAAUAUGCGCGAAAAUCUUUUGCAAAAUCUUGUCAAAACGCUAAAAUUUCUCCGUAACCGUGUAAGAAUAUUAGACAAUUCGUUAGCUCAAAUUUUUUUCCAAGGUUUUUAUAUAUUCCAUAUUACACUAGACCUUUUUAUUAUUUUUUUUUGAUUUUAGAUGCCUAAACUCCAGGUUUACACACUUCGAGGCACGGUUUUAGAUACCAUUCCAUGUUCUUCAGGUGAAACUGUAAAAGAAUUGGUUAAAAAUGCGAUGGAAUCCAAGAAACUUCGGUUUGAAGAGGCCAGGUGUCUAAAACAACAAGAAAAGGAUGGAACUUGGACGAAAAUCAGGUGGAAAGACAAAGUUGGGGAUGAUGAUGCUGUCUAUAGGAUUACCAGGGAUCCGCAGAAGGUUGGUGGGCUCAUUUUUUGACAGAUUUUUUGUUUUUAGUUGACACUGAAACAUCGAAUCCGAGUUGUCGAUUAUGAUGGUGAAGAGAUUGGUCUCUUACCGACGAAAUCCGGGACAGUGGUUCGAAAUAUCGUGAAUGAAAUUUGUAAGAAGUUGGAGGUCGAGUUAAAACAGGUGUGUGUGGUUGAAGUUGUCAGAAAUGGGAAGGCAGUGGCCAUCAAAAUGGAUGCGAAGGUGAAUUGGAAUGAUUAUUUGGCCAUAACUAUUGAUACUCUUGAUCGGGUAAGUUGAAAUGAGCAUUUUUACAUCAAGUGUGGCAGGAUUGAACUAAUAAACGUGUUUUAAUUUUAGGAAACGAUUGUCAUUGAGAACGGCGAGCCAAUUUUGCCAAAGUGCCUUACAGUGCUAACUCUAAAACAACUUUUGCUCGAUCAUAAACAUGUAAGUUUUAAUUUUUUUUGUCUUGAAAAUGUUUUUAGAGUUACAAAAUCGAUUUCAAUCAGAAUCCAUCACUUCUUGAAUAAAAAAAAACAAUUUUUUGUGCCUGAUGUUGUACAUGACAAAAAAAAUAUUGCGUUUUUUAUUCAUUUCUCAUGAUGUUGAGGGCCUUGUAUUAUAAACAAAAGAGGUCUGUGUAAUAUUUUCGUAGCUAUAUUUUCUUCAUUCUAGCCCACAGUCGGAGCUGGUGGAUCAACGACAAAAACUUUGGACACCAAUGAAUUGCUGGCCACACUUGAAGCUGGAGAAGCUCCGAAUGAGCCAGAAAAACGGCUGAUUGCCAAAUGCUGUGCACCACCACUCCAACAGCACUGUAUGAAGAGAGGAUUGCCAUGGCGAAGAGAGAGUCGGCUUUAUUUGGCCAAUCUUUUCGAACCGUACCCUCAACUUCAUAUUGUAGGUUUUUUAUGGAUUUUCUAAAGGUUCUGGAUGAAUUUUUGCUUAAGUUGAUAGUUGGGUGAGGGUAUUAUGGCAAUUUUUAGACCGAUUACGUUGUCAACAAUGAGUACGCGUUUUUUGAACGGCUUUUCCGCGGUGAUUUGGCCAAUUGGAAAAGAAAACAAAAGUCUGUUGUCUCGAGAAUUGUCGCAAAAACGAGGAAGUCAAAAUAGGUGGGUGAAUAGGUAAAAAAUUUUGACUAGGUAGAUAAUCGAAGGGUUUUCGGAAAAUGCUGACAUUUUGAAGUAAUUAUAAGUUUUGAUUUCCAUUAUUUUUAGGUUGAUUGGGUUUCGGAUCGUAGCGAAAACUUGGAGAGAGGCAUAUUUUAUAGUGUAAUUGUUGGAGAUGCGAAAAAUCAACAACGAAAAAAGCAAAGAGGGCUUUUGAAGGCCGUAAAAUCAUAUAAAAAUCAAGGUAGUUUCACAAAGUUAUACUAAAAUUUUCGAUGACGCAUAUAUGAAGUCAAGGAGUUUGUUUUUUAACUUGCAUAUUUUCAGCCUGACUUUGUCUCCAAUCAAGACAUGAACGUCGAAAUCAGCAUUUUUGAGAAGCAUUUUCGAGGAAUUAAUUAUUGGAAAAGGAAACAUCGCAAAAAUGCCAUCUCCAAAAUGUGUGCCAAGUAA